AUGCAAGCGUACCAAUCAUCAUCCAUCACCGCGCGCAGUUUAUGCGCACUGUCUGCGGCCAAGAAACACCAAAUGAAGAAGCAAAGAAUCUCAACAACGGUCAAGGCGCAAGAGUUUAUCGCGACGGAUAAAGCGCCCGCCGCGGCUGGGCCGUACUCGCAAGGCAUCAAGUCUGGCGGCCUCCUCUACACGUGCGGAUGCGUCGCGUUCGUCCCGGAAACCAUGGAAAUCGUCGAAGGUGGCAUCGAAGCAGAAACGAGACAAGCGUUGACGAACAUGGGCGAGAUUUUGAAAGCCGGCGGUUCUGACUUUUCCAAGGUUGUCAAGACGACCAUCUUCAUCACGAACAUGGCGGAUUUCCCCAAAGUGAACGCUAUUUACAGCGAAUUCUUCAACACCCCGGGACCGGCGAGAUCUACGGUUGGCGUCGCGUCUUUGCCAAAAGGUGGUUUAAUUGAAAUCGAUGCCAUCGCGGAGUGCUAA